AUGUCUUGUUGUUCGUCAUCUCCGUUCGAUCGACUCCCAGCAGAAUUGAUUUAUCAUUUAUUGGAAUAUCUUGAUAUUUCCACAAUCUUCAUUUCAUUUCGUCAUGUCUGCAAACGAUUCUAUACGAUCGUGAAUUCUCAUGAUCGUUAUCAUGUCGAUAUGAGAUUGAUAUCCAAAAGUGAUUUUGAUCAUUUGUGUCGACUUGUAUCACCAGCAAAUGUUCUUUCACUUAUUCUCAGUGAUGAUCUCAACACUCCAUUUCAAAUUCAAACAUUUCUAUCACGAUUUGCAUUACAACAAUGUUCUCAACUUCACUCGUUAACAUUAAUCAAAAUCAAUGAAAGUAAUCUGUUUACACUGUUAGUUCAUCUCUCCAAAUGUACGUUGAAAUCGUUAACAAUCGAAUGCUUUGCAUGGGAUACAUUUAGUCAUACAGUUCGCUCACUUCUUUCCUCACUCAUUGCCAAGUCCAAACUGGAAUAUUUACAUUUGAAUAUUUCCUAUCGAGAUUUGGAUACUUUCGCUUGUUCACCAUUACCAACCACGUUGAAAUGUCUUCAUCUUGAACAUUGCACGUUUCAAGAGUAUUGCAUGAUACUUCGUCACUCGAUUAAUCUACAAAAGUUAUCGUUAACAAAAUGUCUGAUGUCUAAUCUUGAUGGCAGUAUGUAUCAACCAACGGAUGAUAUUUGUCCAGUUCAUUUUCGCACAUUAUCAUUCGGUGCUUGUUUUAUUCGUAUGAAAGAGCUGUGCCUCUUACUUUCAUGUACACCAAGUGUAGAGUAUUUGAAAGUGAUUAUCUGGACGGAUUCGUGUGAUUCGGUGAUCAACGGAAAUGAAUGGGAAAAGUUUAUUAAGAAUAAGUUGGUGAAUCUGCAGAGAUUUGAGUUCUUCUUUGAUGAUUUGACUCAGGUGACUACGGAUUCGUUAGAUCUUCAGACAUAUGUGAAACCAUUCGAGACACCAUUCUGGCUCGAAAAACAUCGCUGGUAUGUGACUUGUGAUUAUGUCAAAUCAUUAGCAGGUAUUCGAUUGUAUUCACUGCCGAUCUGCAAUCAAAUGUUUAUGUUUUAUACGAACUCAUCCAAAAUAUCCCUAUCUACUUUACCAGCAAGUGAAAAGGAUCAAGUUGAAGUAACACAAUAUGUUAACAAUAUUAGUUUGAAUCUCAAUGAAACACUGGAACAUGGCGAAGACAAUGCAUCGAAGAAGCCAAGUGAAAGUGCCUUGUUUCGACGACUCGAGUGUCUUUCAGUGAACUUUGAUGGACGACAUCCAUACACAUCAUUGUCAUCUCUUCGAACACUAAUUGAUCUUUCAUCAGUGGUGCGUUUGACAAUUCAACUUCUCGUUCAUAACUUUGCACAAAACUCAUCGUUGAGUGAUUAUCUGUCAGCGAUACUCAGAGAAGCAUCGAACAUUCACACACUCAAACUCACUUAUAUUCAUAGCGAAGAGUCGUUGCAUAGUACGCAGAGUUUGUGUUCAUUGAUUCCACAUACAGUUCAACAUCUACAGAUUUCGAUAAAUAACUUCAAGGAAAUGAAGAUGAUCUUGGAGCAAGUUCCUCAACUGUUUAGUGUGACAUUCUAUUCGUUAGACAUAUCAAAUUAUUGUGAAGAUAUUGAACAAUGGCUGAAAAUGAAGAGGUCAAAAUCUUUGUGUCGACAUGGUUUGCGAUGUAUCCAGAUCUGGCUUGGAAAUUGUCAUGAUCAAGAUCAAAGCAGACCCCGGACACGACGUCUUUUUNAUAACUUCAAGGAAAUGAAGAUGAUCUUGGAGCAAGUUCCUCAACUGUUUAGUGUGACAUUCUAUUCGUUAGACAUAUCAAAUUAUUGUGAAGAUAUUGAACAAUGGCUGAAAAUGAAGAGGUCAAAAUCUUUGUGUCGACAUGGUUUGCGAUGUAUCCAGAUCUGGCUUGGAAAUUGUCAUGAUCAAGAUCAAAGCAGACCCCGGACACGACGUCUUUUUGGUCGAUUUCAUCGAAGAUCACCACCUAGUUAA